AUGAAGCUGAAGAAAUUUAUGCUCAGAUAUUAUCCACCUGGCAUUAUACUUGAAUAUGAACGAUCUAAUGGCAGAGAGGGUACAAAGACUAUUGAUUUAUUAGAUUUAACUGAGUUUUCUGAUGUAAAUACAGUGGCCGAAGAUAUUGUUGCCAGCGAACCUUUAAUUCCGAGCGGAAAGACUGAACAAAUUAAACAACUCGUUGAAAGUAAAGUUGGUAAACAAAAAUUCAAAGAAGAGAAAUCACUCCAGGCUCACUUGUUACCUCUUACCAAUUGUGCUUUCAACAAAUCAGGAGAUAGAUUUAUCACUGGAAGCUAUGACAGAACUUGUAAAAUAUGGGAUACAGAAACAGGAUUGGAAUUAAAGAGUUUAGAAGGGCACAAAAACGUAGUAUAUGCUAUUGCAUUCAAUAAUCCAUUCGGUGAUAAGAUUGUUACAGGAUCUUUUGAUAAAACAUGUAAAUUGUGGGAUGCAGAAACUGGUGAAUGUCAAUAUACUCUUAGAGGGCAUGAAUUGGAAAUUGUUUGCGUCUCUUUCAAUCCAGAUAGCAGCUUGAUUGCAACUGCCUCAAUUGAUACAACAGCAAAGGUUUGGGAUGUGGAAACUGGAAAGGAAGUAUAUUCUUUAUUAGGACACAAUAAGGAAAUUAUCAGUAUGAGUUUCAAUAAUGCUGGUAACUUUAUUGUCACUGGAUCAUUCGACAAUACAGUACGUGUUUGGGAUGUUAGAUCAGCAGAAUGUGUUUAUAAUUUCCAUGGCCACGAAUGCGAAGUUUCAGCAACUCAAUUCAACUUUUCAGGUGAUAUGGUUGUUUCAAGUUCUAUCGAUAAGACUUGUAAAUUAUGGAGUAUGCAUACAGGAACAUGUGUAAGAACAUUAACUGGACAUAAUGAUGAAGUAAUAGAUGUGUCUUUCAAUGGAACUGGAACAAGAGUAGCAACAGCCUCCCAAGAUUGUUCUGCCAGAAUUUAUGAUACAAUGACAGGAGAGUGUCUUGCUGUCUGUUAUGGACAUCAUGCUGAAAUCUCCAAGGUUUCAUUCAAUCCUCAAGGUAAUAUGAUUAUUACUGCUUCUAAUGAUAAGACUUGUAGAUUGUGGGAUGCCAAGACUGGAAAUUGUUUGCAAGUUCUUAGAGGACACAAAGAUGAAGUUUUCAGUUGCGCCUUCAAUUAUGAAGGUGACACAAUUAUUACAGGUUCAAAAGAUAAUACUUGCAAGAUUUAUAAGGCAACAGGAGAGGAAUAUUAA